AUGGGGAACUGUGUAUCACUACAUAUGUUUGGUGAUGGAAAUCGCAUGCACAUGAUGGGUGCAAAUCUCGAGGCUCUACAGAAGGCUAUGCAAGAGCUCAAGGAGAGACGAGAUGAUUUGCUAAGAAGAGUUGUCACAGAAGAAGAAGACGAAGGUUUGCAACGGCUUGCCCAAGUUCAAGGAUGGUUUUCAAGGGUCGAAGGUGUCGAGUCUAAAGUCAAUCAUCUGCUUGAGACAAGGUCAACCCAAACUAAAAGCUUGUGUCUUUGCGGUUAUUGUUCUCUGAAUUCCAUAUCAGGCUGUUAUUAUGGUAGAAAGGUGAUGAGGAAGUUGAACGAAGUUAAAGGACUUCUAUCUAAUGGAGUUUUUGAAACGGUGGCUGAGAAGAUCACUGCACCUAAGGCGGAGAAGAAACAUAUCCCAACUAGUGUUGGCUUGGAGACACAGGUCAAAAAGGCAUGGAACCGCCUCAUGAAAGAUGGACAAAAAAGAACUUUGGGUCUACAUGGUAUAGGCGGAAUAGGCAAAACCACCCUCUUAGCUGGUAUUAACAAUAAGUGUCUUGAAGAGAUAUAUGGAUUUGAUGUUGUUAUAUGGGUUGUGGUCUCCAAAAACUUGCAGUAUCAAGGCAUCCAGGAUCAGAUUUUGCGAAGACUAGAUCUUGACAAGGAAUGGGAACAAGAAACAGAAGAGCAGCGAGCUUAUGCGAUAUACAAUAUUCUCAACGAAAAGAAGUUUGUGCUGUUAUUGGAUGAUCUGUGGAGCAAAGUAGAUCUGACAAGAGUAGGAGUUCCACCUGUGACUCAAGAAAAUGGAUCCAAGAUAGUUUUCACCACUCGUUCUAAGGAAGUUUGCACAGACAUGGAGGCUGAUGAAGUGAUGGAAGUUGUUUGUUUAGAAUCAUUUGAAGCGUAUCUUUUGUUUCAAAGGAGAGUUGGAAACUACACAUUAGACAGCCAUCAAGGUAUAUUCGAGCUUUCAAGAAAAGUCGCUCGUAAAUGUAAGGGACUGCCACUUGCACUCAAUACCGUUGGCGCAUCAAUGGCAUAUAAAGAGACAGUUAAAGAGUGGAAGGACGCGAUUGAUGCUCUGAGUUUCCCUGACCCUGAGUUACUUCUACUUACGGAAGAAAAGACCCUCGUUCCUCUUUUGAAGUUCAGUUUUGAUAACUUAAGGGAUAAAAAAGUCAAACUGUGCUUCUUGUAUUGUUCCCUGUUUCCGGAAGAAAUAGAGAAGAAUGAGUUGAUAGAGUAUUGGGUACGCGAAGGGUUUGUAGAUGGAAAGAGGGAUGAAGAUGGAACUAACAAGCAAGGGGAUAGGAUGAUUGCCUUGUUACUUGGUGCACACCUACUGAUGGAUGGUGAAGUCAGCACGAGAGUGAAAGUGCAUGAUGUGGUGCGUGAGAUGGCUUUUUUGUUAGCAACUUACUUUGCAAACAAGAAAGAAAUAUUUUGCUUUUGGUCACACCGGGUGCCCAAGGACAUCAGUUCGAAGGAUGCAAGAUGGAUGUCUUUAAUGAGUAAUCAGAUUACUGAGUUAUCUUGCAGUCCCAAGUGCCCCAAGCUUUUGACCUUGAUCCUUCGGGACAACAAGUUGGUUGAUAUCCCAGGUGAAUUCUUUAGGUUCAUGCCAGCACUUGUUUCGUUGGAUCUUUCCGAGAACAAGAGUCUUGUUGGAUUGCCGGAUGAAAUUUCCAGCUUAGGCUUCUUGCAAUACCUGAACUUGUCACACACAGGGAUAAAAUCAUUACCAGCUGGUAUAAAGGAGCUGAGGAGACUGAUGGAGUUGGAUCUGAACUUCACUCCCGGGCUUGAAAGCAUUGCCGGGAUAUCAACGAGUAUACCAGACCUUGAAGUCUUGAAGCUGUUGCAUUCCGGUGUCUGUAUCGAUGAGGGAUUGAUGAAAGAGCUACAAGUGAUGGAGCACUUGAAGGUGUUGAAGGCAACGAUAGAGGACGCCGUGGUGUUGGAAAGUGUACAAGGAAUGGUGCGACUUGCGAGUUGCAUACAAACUUUGUGUAUCAGAAAGAUGUCAGCGCCGGUUGUAAUACUGAACACGGUGGCUCUGAGUGGUCUUGAACAUCUUGCUGUUGUGAAGUGCAAACUCUCUGAGAUAGAGAUAGACGGGAAAAGCAAAGAAAGCAAGGAGAUUCUUCCAUGUACAAGUGCUCCUCCAAGCUUCAAGCAACUAACCGGGAUCCAUAUAGGUGAUUUGGAAGGUCCGAGGGAUUUGACAUGGCUGGUAUUUGCUCAGAACCUCAGGUAUCUAGUUGUGAAGGAGUCGUCAAGCAUACAGGAGAUAAUAAACACAGAGAAAGCAAUCAGUAUUUGCAAUGCGCAUCCAAGUAUUGCUGCACCGUUUGGGAAGCUGGAACACUUUAAAUUAAGUGGUAUGGCUGAACUAGAGAUAAUCGGCCGGAAUCCUCGAGCUCUGCCAUGCCUGAAAGAGUUCAUUGUCCUAGCCUGCCCGAAGCUGCCACUGAGUUUGAGAGACAGGACAAAGAAUAAUGUGAGGAAGGUGUCAGAAAAACGUUCCUAA